UGGAAAGGAAUGGGUUGGCGUAUGGGUAGAGCCUCGUCGUGGGCCAACUGACCCAUUUGGGCUCCUCGCCGCGCCGUGCUUUGUUUGCAAUGGUUACCACCGUGAAUCCUCCUCCCCACCUCGUCUCCCUGCUCUUUCUGCUGUAAUCCUUCCUCGCUUCCUCCAUUCUUACAUCCUCUUUGAAUCCGUCCCUCACCGCUUCUUCUGAGAUGUAUAUGAGCGAGAGGGCGGCUGAGUUGCUGGGUGUCUGCAUUAGAGGUUGAUCUCGUAUUUUAAGAGCGGAGUAGGAAUUGAGGCUGAGAUGGCGAUGUCGAUGACGAUAGCGUGCACAGGCGUGUUGGGGAGGGUAGCAGUGUAUGCACCGAGCCGCAGAGGGUGUGUGGUGAAAGCCGAGUCAUCCGCCGAGAAUAACCCUGUCACGGGAACCUCUACACCCGAGGGCAAUGCUCUCAAGGACCGUGUCAAGAGCAAACAAACCGCUGCGGCAGUGUAUACCCCCACGUUGGCUGACCGGGAUACUCGUACUCCUCACAGUGGGUAUCAUUUCGAUGGCACGAGCCGCCGAUUCUUCGAAGGCUGGUAUUUUAAGGUGUCUAUACCAGAGGUGAAGCAGAGCUUUGCAUGGAUGUACUCUGUGGAAGAUCCAAGCGUAGGCUCCAACUCGAGCGCCUCGUCCCUCCCAUUUGGUGAGCUCUUCCAGGGCAUGUCCUUUCCAGGUGUGGGUGCUCAGAUCAUGGGUGCGGACGACAAGUAUUUGUUGCAGUUUGACGAGAAUGUGACGAAAUUCUGGGGCAGCAGACACGAGCUCGCGCUCGGGUACACGUUCACGCCCAAGGGCCGAGUGUCGCCGCCCAUGGGUGAGGUUAAUCCUCAGGAGUUUGUGAAUCGUGUGGAGGAAGGAUUUCAAGUCACUCCAACAUGGCACCAAGGCUGCCUUCGCGACAACGGCAAGACGGAUUACGCGGAGACGGUACCAAUAGCACGGUGGGAAUACAGCACUCGCCCCAUAUAUGGAUGGGGAGAUAGCGGGGCUGAGCAGAAGUCUACUGCGGGAUGGUUAGCUGCUCUUCCUGUCUUUGAACCCCACUGGCAGGUUUGCAUGGCGGGUGGUCUCUCCACGGGCUGGAUUGAGUGGGAUGGGCAGCGAUACGAGUUUGAAGACGCGCCCUCAUACUCGGAGAAGAACUGGGGUGGCUCAUUUCCUUUGAAAUGGUUCUGGAUUCAAUGCAAUGUAUUUGAAGGAGUGUCUGGUGAGGUAGCCCUGACAGCUGGCGGGGGUCGGAGAGGGCUGCCCUUGGUACCAGGCGCAUACGAGGAGGUUGCCAUGGUGGGAAUACACUACGACGGCAAGUUCUACGAGUUCGUCCCGUGGGAAGGGAGCGUUGAGUGGGACAUUUCCACCUGGGGGUCCUGGAAAAUGUCAGCCAAGCGAGAUGAUUAUGAAGUGAAUCUGGAAGCAACGUGCGAUUCGCCUGGCUGCACAUUGCGAGCCCCCACUGCGGAUCUUGGAUUGGCACCGAUGUGCAGAGAUUCCUUCUUUGGGAAGCUGAAAUUGACAAUCAGGAAUCGGUCGUCUGGGAAAAUGAUCCUGGACACCACGAGUGAUAUGUGUGCCUUGGAGGUUGGAGGAGGUCCGUGGUACAACAGUUGGAAGACCUCAGCCCGCGUGCAGGAGCCUCUCAAGUCGCUGCUGCGUUACUCCAUCGAUGUGGAACGCGUCUUUAGCCCUGUGCCGCAGUUGAAGCCUCCAGGCCUCUGAAUCUGUUUUCAGACCUUUCCUCCUGCUCCUGCUUCAGAUUGUAUACUUGUAUAGUAUCGAUAAUUCUUGCAGUUGUAGAAUCGAACCUGGGCCUAGUAGUUUGGAAAUUGCAAGCGUGUGCAUACAAACGAGUUGCGUAAGAAAUUACUUCUAAAUCUCUCAACAACUCGCUAUUUUCAGCGAGAUGAAUCAAAAGACACGAAUUGAGAAUUACUCGGAUAUUCAAUUGUGACAAAAUGUUGAAGUCUGACAAUCAAUCAA